CGUCCUCCCUCCCAGCAUGGUGAUCACCAAGGGUCUCCCUGGGCGCUACACGGCCGUCCAGAUGCACCUCCACUGGGGCGGCUGGGACCUGGAGGAGAGCGGGGCAGAACACACCCUGGAUGGCAUCAGAUACAUGGCAGAGCUCCACGUUGUUCAUUAUAACUCUGAUAAGUACAAGAGCUUUCAAGAGGCCAGCGACAAGCCUGAUGGACUGGCAGUUCUAGCCUUCUUCUACGAGGACGGACAUUUUGAGAACACCUACUACAGCGAUUUCAUCAACAACCUGGAAAAAGUCAAGUACGCAGGCCAGUCCAUGAACAUAUCUACCCUCAACGUGCGUUCCAUGCUGCCCGAGAACCUGAACCAUUUCUUCAGAUACCAGGGCUCUCUCACCACCCCUCCAUGUUACGAGAGCAUCCUGUGGACCGUGUUCGACACGCCCAUCACUCUCUCUCACAACCAGAUCAGGAAGUUGGAAAGCACUCUGAUGGACAUGGACAAUAUGACCCUGUGGAAUGAUUACCGCAUGGCCCAACCUCUCAACGACCGCGUGGUCGAGUCCUCCUUCUUGCCUGGCCUGGGGAAAGGCAUGUUCUGUCGCCAAGAUGAAAUAGAAUCAAAGCUUUUGAAGAUUGAGGGUCUGAUUACUUCUCUUGGAAAACACAUACAUUCAAAGCCCAGAGCGAUGUCUCCCCUGGUGCUCCACUUCCCAGAGAGGAACUCAGAGAGUUAUGCCCUGGCCCACCUAACUCACCCCAUGGACCUGCACUCCUUCACCGCCUGCAUGCACCUGAGGACGCGCUCUGGAGGGGUACACACUGUCCUGUCAUACUCCAGCCAGGGCAACGACAACGAACUGAUGAUCACCAUGGGAUAUGAGGUGGGUCUGUGGAUCGGCAACGAGUUUGUCAACCUGCCCCACAACUUCCACUCCCAUGACUGGGCCAACUACUGUGUCACCUGGUCGUCCCACUCCGGGGGGGCUGAGCUGUGGAUCAACGGGCUGGUGGGGGAGGAGCAGUACCUCCGGGGGGGCUACACGAUCAGCCCAGCAGGGGUCUUCAUCCUGGGCAAGGAACAGGACGGCUUCCUGGGGAUCUCUGACACGGGCGCCUUCGUGGGUCAGAUGACGGAUGUCAACGUGUGGGACUAUGUUUUGAGCUCGGCUGAGAUCCAGGAACAGAUGUCCUGUGACACCACCUCUCCGAAGGGGAGCGUGUUCAGCUGGGGGGUCACUCAUCUGAGUCUCUAUGGAGGGGUGCAGCUGGAGACAGACUACAGGUGUCACUGAGGGGAGCAGACAGCUGCAGCACAGGGGGGCCUGGGUGGUGUUCAGUAGGGCACAACAUAGCAAAACACGUUGUAACGGAAAUAAAAUAUAAAUAAUCUCCAGUCAAUAUAUCAAAUCUAUCCUUUACUGCUGCUGACUAUUGAGUAUGAAGAGUAACUCAUCUAUUUGAGACAAGGCUAUCAGGUUCAGUAUGACAAUGUUUAUUGUAUAAGGGAA